AUGUUCAAACAUAAAUCAGCUUCAUUUCAUGAUGCAAGUAUUGACACCCAAUUGAAGUUCAAACCCCCAAAACCAGAAAUAAUCUCUAAUUCAACUAAAAGAAAUUCCGAAGUAUUUUCACACCCUCCUGAAUUAUUAGCCAAAUUGUAUUAAACCAAUAGACUCUUAGAAUAAAAUAUUAUAAAGCUAAAUGACGCUUAGUAAAAAUUAGCUUCAAAAGAGGAGGAAAUAUUAGAUUUGAAAUAAAAACUAAAAUGCUCAACUAAGGAUUUAAACGAAAGAAAUGAAAAAAUUGCAUAAUUAACAGAACAAUUAAAAGGACUAAAAGGAGAUAUCAGAAAACCUAGUUCUGAUAGAAGUAAUCAAGAGCUGAAAUCAAAAUUGCAUCAUGUUUCGCAACACAAUGAAGCUUUAUUUUAAGAUUAUCAAUCAGUGCUCAUACAGAAUUAAAAUUAUCAAUAACAAAUCAUCGAACUUCAAGACUAGUUAAAUUCAAUAUCUUACAGAUUAAGAGAAUCAGAACAAGCAAUAUAAUUGAUUAAAGAAACAGAAACAAAAGUUAAUUAUCUUGAAUUGGAUGUUGAUAGAUUAGAGGAAAAACAAAAAAAGUCAUUUCCAGAUAUGAUGAAAUAAACACAAUAACUCAAAAUCUAAUAUGAGACAAACAUACAAUUGCUGAAUUGUGGAGUAGAUUACAUAGCCUCUUAAUUCUAAAAAUCCAUAACCACAUUAACAAAGUAACUUUAGAUGGUUUAGAAAUUUUCUAAAAGAAAUGUAGUAUUGUCAGAGACUUAAUUAACCUUUUAUGGGUUAAAUACAUUGGCAUAAUAAACCAAUUCAAAAAGGGUGCAAACAAUCCUAUAAAAGAUGAAUAUCAGUGAGUCACUUUAAAGUUGGUUGGAAGGGAUUGUUACUUUUCUCAUGAUUAAUUGUCAGGAAAUUUUGUAAAAAGAAGUGGAUAAGAAAUUAGAAAAAUUGUCAAGGCAAAUUUAAUAAGUCCAUGAUAUGGCAAUUUAGUUAGCCACAUCUUACGAUUUUAUGAAAUUUGGAAGAAAUAAAUCCAACAACAUGAGUGCCUACAGUUAGAAGUCCAAUAGUUAUUGUUCAAGAAUGUAAGACAAAGAAAAUGAAGAAUAUAGUUAAAAUAUUAAACUUAAAGAUUUCUUAGAUUUGGCAUUAAUUAAAUUGGGUGAGCAUUUAGCUUAAAUCUAAUAAUUAAAUAUAGAAUUACAAGUUUCUAACUUUUAGAAUAAAUCUUCGAGGGAACUGCAAAUGGGCCUUAAGGAGUAACUGCAUUUGCAUGAAAAUUUGGCAAAUUAUCUCAAAAAGGAGUUGGUUUCAAUUAAAAAAGAAAUUUCUAGUCAUUCAUAAAGAGGAUAACUUAAGAAAUAUAGUUACAUGCCAAAAAUAAUAUGA